CACGCUGGUGAAGCUCUUCGCAGACACUCUGUGAUUAAGUCUUAGUGUUGGACAGUUAGAUUAUUCUUGUCAUUACCUACAAAGAUAUAGAUAAAAGUUUGACACUAGCUUCUUUGUUUAGUAUUGUAUUUGUGCUGAAAGUAACGGAAUUAUGCGGCUUUGACAACUUCAAUCGUUCCGUCUACCUGAAAGCUGAUUGGCUCAGUUACACGUCGGUUCAGCGUCUGACAAGGAAACAUAUUCUCAGUUCCUCACAGUGUGCACCAGUACAUCUGCAAAUGCAGCUCUGAUAUGACUAAAAGAAGUCCAUCUCUUCAGCUGGUCAAAAGAGCUUAGGUACAGAUGAAAAUUACCAUUCCGAAAUGUGACAGGAUGUUGAACCACCACUGCAGAAGGAACCCUGAGCUUCAUGAAGAGCUGCAGAUCCAGGCUGCAGUGGCAGCAGGGGAUGUAUACACUGUUAGGAGAAUGCUGGAGCAAGGAUAUUCACCAAAGAUCCGCGAUGCCAAUGGCUGGACACUGCUUCACUUCUCAGCAGCCAAGGGAAAAGAGAGAUGUGUUCGAGUUUUUCUGGAGCAUGGAGCUGACCCCACAGUGAAGGACUUUAUUGGUGGCUUCACCGCACUUCACUAUGCAGCUAUGCAUGGCAGAGCACGCAUUGCCCGACUGAUGCUGGAGUCAGAGUUUCGAAGUGACAUUAUAAAUGCAAAAAGUAACGACGGCUGGACACCGCUGCAUGUGGCUGCCCACUAUGGUCGAGACUCAUUCGUGCGGCUCCUGCUCGAGUUCAAGGCCGAGGUAGACCCUCUGAGUGACAAAGGAACCACGCCACUACAGCUUGCCAUAAUCCGCGAGCGCUCCAGCUGUGUACGGAUCCUCCUUGACCACAGCGCCAACAUUGACAUUCAAAAUGGCUUCCUGCUGCGCUAUGCUGUCAUCAAAGGCAAUCACUCAUACUGCCGCAUGUUCCUGCAGAGGGGAGCGGACACUAAUCUUGGACGCCUUGAAGAUGGCCAAACUCCCUUACAUUUGUCAGCUCUAAGGGAUGAUGUGUUGUGUGCCCAGAUGCUCUACACCUAUGGAGCAGACACCAAUACUAGGAAUUACGAGGGCCAGACUCCGGUGGCUGUAUCUGUUAGCAUGUCAGGGAUUAGCCGGCCUUGUCUGGAUUUCCUGCAGAAGGUCACAAGACAACCUCGGACUCUACAAGAUUUGUGUCGAAUAAAAAUCCGUCACUGUAUUGGCCUUCAAAGCUUGAAAUUCUUGGAGGAUCUACCACUUGCAAAGGUUAUGAAAGACUAUUUAAAACACAAGUUUGACACUGUGUGAAGCAAUAACACAAGAAUAGGAGAGAUGACAAAUCUCUUAAGAGACUAUGCAAUCAUCCUCAUCUGAAAGAAAAGGUACAGAAACCAAUUGUGAACUUGUUCACAGGGCAUUUUCUUCACCUAGUUCUCAGUGCAUUAAAACAUUUUUUCCCACUUUUAUUCAACCUUUUUACAAUAAGAAAAGUUUCCCAAGAAUGGAAAUGGAUACAUCUCAAGUUUUUUUUUCAUUUUAUUUUUUGUGGUUUUGUAGAAAAGAGAAACCUCAUUUGACUGCAGAAAACAUCCAUACUGCACUUAGGAUUUUUACUCUUUAUUUUAUUUUUGUAAAUGUGCAUGAUGAUAUUCUCCAUGGGUAUACUCAAAAUGUAUUGAUUGUCAUUUUGUUUAUCAUUAAACCUCGUUUAAAACAAAGUGCUCCAAUGAACAUGAUUAUGAUUUCAAAAUUAUAAUAAUGAUUUCAAAAAUGCUAUGAAUGCUAAUUAUAAUUGUUAAAAAAGCAAACAAAACAAAUUCUACAGUGCGCUUCCUGAUUUGUUUUACUGCACAAUACUUGAGCCUGAAUCCAAAAGUCACUGCAUUUACAUUUCUGAAUCACUACUUAGAACAGGCAUGUCUGAGCUGUAUUCCUCACAUAGAUGGCUCUUUGAGAAAGGUGCGUCCUUCUGCUUUGAAAGGAAAGGAGUAAGAAAAAAUAUGGAGCUUUAGGUGGCCGGGAAAUAUGGAUUCUGUGUUAUAUAUAACAGCAUAGUGUCAGUAGCCACCUGUAGAAUACUACAUUACAAACAUGAAAAAAAGUUGUAAAUUAUUCCAAACAAUUAACCAAACUUUCAUACCAGCUAGUUGUUUUUUUUUUUUUUUGUUUGUUUGCUUGUCCAACCAGAUUGAGGUCAAUUUUAAAAUAAAUUGAAAGGUUUCAAGCUUCUACUGGCUGCUGUGACAAAAGCAGCAAGAAUAUAUUUUUAAAAUGGCAUUACAUUUAGUGUACCUUUUUUUUUUUUUUUUUUUUUUUUUUUUUUUUUUUUUUGUCAUGGACAACAGUAGACUAUGCAGACAUAUUUUUAAUUUAUUAUGACACAACAAUAUACCCAGUAUAUAGUUUUGGAACCGAGGUUAACGCUUGAAACUCUGUCACUUAAAUAGUGGGCUCUCAGUUUCUGUGCCAUAUUUAGUUAUUGAGCAUGGAGUGGGAGCAUUGUGUUGAAUAACCAUUCUGAAAGUCUGUGUUGAAGCUUGUUUCAAAUGUGAUAUUCAUAGCAUUACUGGUUUAAUCAAUCUGUUCUAGUGACAACAUCCUGUCAUUCCAGCAUAAGUCACAAUUGCAUAACUGUUAAUCAUGGCUAGAUUCAGACAUAGUGUGUCUGGUAGAACCAGGUUUCAUUAAGAUAUUUGAUGACUUGUCAGAAUUGGCAGUGUAACCCCCUUUUCAAGUUGAGUUCUCUCUGCUGUUGUCAUGUCUUUGUGUUGUCUGUAUUUUAUUCAGCAAAUACAAAACUGUAUCCUGCCCCACUCAUUGCACACAAGCACUGAGAAAGGAUGAUCUCUGUUCUACAUCGGGAAAAGUAAAUAUGCACAGACCAGUGUCUCCAUCAUAGUGUAAAUUGGAAGCAGAAUUUAUAAGAUAAAUGCGGUCUUUGUGAUAAAACUCACAAGAGACCUACAAAGUCAUAAUCUGUUACUGUGACAGCAUCCAGUUUAGUUUGUUACGUAUUGAAACCGAUAUGUAAAAUUGAAAUUGUCUAACUUAAAAAGAGCAGUGAGGCUGCUUAUUUAAGCAUGAGGUCAAUCUUUCACAUGUUAAUGGGGAAAAGUUUUCAGGUCUGCAAAAGCAAUUCAUGGAAGCAAGAAUAAUAAAGUCCUGAAUUAGUAACAUGGAUAUACAAUCACUAGAAGCUAAGAUCAGUGUAAAUAUGUGACAUGUACAAGAGAUAUUUUUUGGAGAAUUUAUUUAAACAAUGAUCUCUAAAUGUAUUUAAAGUUUGGAAAGUAUUGUGAUCUGUUUGUUGUGACUCAUGUUUCUUUUUGUUCAAAUACAUGAAAAAUUUGGAAUCAGUGUGUUUGAUUUCUAUUGGAGAAAUGCUUUCUUAAAAUUAAAAAACUUGCAGUUAACUGUUU